CCCAAUCCCCCCAAUCCAUCUCCUUAGACACCUAUCUUCACCAUCCCAUCACCAUAGAUCAACUCACCAUGUCAAACGAGGAGGCUGAAAAGAAGAUAGCGGUCGAGGGUCAAGAGCCUAUUGAUGAGAUGCCGAAGGAGAAGACGAAAGAGCAAGCGAAUGAUGAAAGCUCCCAAGUCAAGGAUCACGACUUUUAUUUCAACUUUUACUCAUCCCUUCAGAAUCAAGCAAACAUGAUUGGGGACGUGGCACGUACAGGAACUUAUAGGAAAGCUAUCCUUGGUAAUGCAGCGGUGGCGUUUGCUGGAAAGACGGUGCUCGAUGUCGGUGCUGGUUCUGGAAUCUUGUCCUAUAUGUCUGCUCAAGCGGGUGCCAAUCAAGUCAUUGCUCUUGAAGCUUCCUCAAUGGCUGAAAAGAUUGAAAUCAUGGUCAAAGCUGCCAAGAGCGGCCGGACGAACCCACACCUCAAAGACCGUAUACGGAUUGUCCGAGGUAUGGUGGAGAAUAAAAGAGUCCAAGAACAAGUGUUACAGACUGGUAAAGUCGAUACUAUCGUAUCGGAACCUAUCGGCGUGAUGCUUUUGCACGAACGAAUGGUCGAAUCAUUCAUCCUCGCGCGUGAUCUUUUCCUCAAACCUGGAGGUCAGCUCUUACCCUCAGCUGGACAUAUCUUCUUCUGCCCCUUCUCAGACGAAGGUCUUUAUAAUGAAACUGAUCAAAAGGCGCAAUUCUUCAACAACACCCUGUUUGGAACCGACUUUUCUGCAUUAUACGACGCCGCGAGAGAAGAAGUAUUCGCCCAACCCGUCAUCGGCAUGUUCCCACCUACCAGCCUUAUAUCCACCCCUUGUCCUCCUAAAUCUUUCGACUUUUACACCUGCUCCAACGACGAUCUUCUCGAAUUCACCAUCCCCAUUGACUUUAUCGUCUCCCGCACUUCUCUCGUACACGGUCUGGCCUCGUGGUUCGAUCUCGACUUCCAGCCGAGGCCAGCGCCAACGGAGGAAGACGUAAACUGGAAUUUCCCCGUGGCGCCCAAUAGCGCUUGGCAGUGGAUGACGCAGGAGCAGCCGCUGAAUCCUGGUCCCACCCCGCCUCCACCAGCCGACGGGCUCACGGUGACACUUUCAACAGGGCCUAAUGUCCCUCGUACACACUGGCAACAAGCCCGCCUCCUCCUCCCUGAACCCCUCGCAGUCAACAAGGCCGAACGUCUCACCGGCUCCAUCCACUUCAAAGUCAACGAUGCCCGCUCAUACGACCUUGUCUUGGAUCUGCAAGUAAACCGGCCCGGACCGGAAUGGGAUCCGAAUCCGUUGAAAAGGAGGGCAAAGUAUGCGUUGCAGCAGCAGUGUUUCAAUUAUUCGUAUAACCCUGAUGCGAAUAUGGGUACAGUGGGAUUCAAUGGUUUGCCUGCCUAAGAAGGCACCAAACAGGUGGUUCUGAACCUUUGGGGCUUUUUGGCGACAUUCCUGAAAGUAUCUUGGAUUGCUUGUGUUUCUUUUUUUUUCCUUUUUUUUGGUGUAUAUACCAGAUAAAAAUUGUUCCAAUCAACAGCUGGGACAAGAGGAAGGCGAGGGGGAGAGGGAACGA